AUGGUGCUGCGCCCCGAGCCCGCGGGCGGCCGGCGCGUCGUCAUCAUCAACGUGGGCGGCUGCAGGGUGCGCCUGGCCUGGGCGGCGCUGGCGCGCUGUCCCCUCGCGCGCCUCGAGCGCCUGCGGGCCUGCCGCGGCCGCGACGAGGUCCUGCGCGUGUGCGACGACUACGACGCGGGCCGCGACGAGUUCUUCUUCGACCGCAGCCCGUGCGCCUUCCGCGCCAUCGUGGCGCUGCUGCGCGCCGGCAAGCUGCGGCUGCUGCGCGGCCCGUGCGCGCUGGCCUUCCGCGACGAGCUGGCCUACUGGGGCAUCGACGAGGCGCGCCUGGAGCGCUGCUGCCUGCGCCGUCUGCGCCGCCGCGAGGAGGAGGCAGCCGAGGCGCACGCGGGGCCGCGGGGGAGCCCGGGGGACGCGCGGCCUGGCCGGCGCCUGCGGGACCUGCUGGACGACCCGCGCUCCGGACCCGCCGGCAAGCUCUUCGCCUGCGUGUCCGUCGCCUUCGUGGCUGCCACGGCGGUCGGCCUCUGCCUGAGCACCAUGCCGGACAUCCGCGCGGAGGAGGAGCGGGGCGAGUGCUCCCCCAAGUGCCGCAGCCUCUUCGUGCUGGAGACGGUGUGCGUGGCCUGGUUCUCCUUCGAGUUCCUGCUGCGCUCGCUGCAGGCCGAGAGCAAGUGCGCCUUCCUGCGGACACCGCUCAACAUCAUUGACAUCCUGGCCAUCCUGCCCUUCUACGUGUCGCUGCUCGUGGGGCUGGCGGCGGGGGGCGCGGGCGCGGGCGCGGGCGGCGCGGCGCUGCUGGAGCGCGCGGGGCUGGCGCUGCGGCUGCUGCGCGCGCUGCGCGUGCUCUACGUGAUGCGCCUGGCGCGCCACUCUCUCGGGCUGCGCUCGCUCGGCCUGACCGUGCGCCGCUGCGCGCGCGAGCUCGGCCUGCUGCUUCUCUUCCUGUGCGUGGCCAUGGCGCUCUUCGCCCCGCUGGUGCACCUGGCCGAGCGCGAGCUGGGCGCGCGCCGCGACUUCUCCAGCGUGCCCGCCAGCUACUGGUGGGCCGUCAUUUCCAUGACCACCGUGGGUUACGGCGAUAUGGUGCCGCGCAGCCUGCCCGGGCAGGUGGUGGCGCUGAGCAGCAUCCUCAGCGGCAUCCUGCUCAUGGCCUUCCCAGUCACGUCCAUCUUCCACACCUUCUCGCGCUCCUACUCCGAGCUCAAGGAGCAGCAGCGGCGCGCCGCCAGCCCCGAGCCAGCCGUGCGCGGGGACAGCUCGCGCGAGGACAGCUCGCGCGAGGACAGCUCACGCUCGGCCAUGGCCACCGAGGACAGCCCGCAGGGGCCUGUGGGCGCCGGCCAAGCCGGGGUCCCCGCGCCCGGGGUUGGCCACGACCGUCGCCUGGCCCAAGAGGCCGCUCCUCGCGAGCUUCUUCAGGAAUAG